AUGACUCCAUUGAAAGAUGUGUCUAAUGCAAAGCCUGUUGAUUUAUUGAAUGAACCCAUGGAUACAGACAAAUUUGUCUGUCAAGUCAUAACUGAAGAAAUAGGUAUUCAGUGUGAACUAGGUGAAGAAGUGUACCACAAGUAUUCAAUGCUUUUUGAGAAUGAUUCUGAUAGUACAUCAAUUCAUUCUUCCGAGUUAACUUUUCCUAGCAGUGACACUGAGAAGCAAAGUAUCAGUGAAACCAGUGAAAAAAACGAUGACUGCAUAAACGACUGUAGAAGUGAUGAAGAAAUUAUGGAGAACAGUGAUAUAAAAUCAUUUUCAACGAAAUUUGAGUAUGUGUUGGUGCAAACUAAAGCUCUAAUGACUCUUUUUACAUUUUGUGCUAUCUGUAAGUCCCCAAUUACAGACAUUAAACGGUUUACGAAAGGCGCUGUAUUACAUAUCAAGUAUAAAUGCCAUAGUGGACAUUGUCAGAAAUUGUCCUCCUUUGAAAACCCAGAAAAAUGUCCAGUUUAUUUAUCUGGGGCAAUUUUGCUUAACGGUUUGAACUUUCUUCCAGUCUUUAACUUUGCAAAAACGUUGAAACUAUUAUUUAUAUCUAGCAAGACGUACUAUAAAACCGUAAGAACCAAAGUUUCACCUGUAAUUAACAAGUUUUGGUUAGGGUAUAAAAACUCUCUCUACCAAGAGGCAAAUACUGAAAAGGAGUUGUGGAUAUCCGGUGACGGACAGUAUGAUUCUCCUGGAUUUUCCGCAAAAUAUGUUACAUAUUCUCUAAUGAAUGUGAAAACCGAAAAAAUAUUAAAUUUUGAAAUAUUGCAAAGGGGUAUGAUCGAAGGUGAUUUAGAAAAGGCUGCUUGUGAGAAAGCUCUAGCUGAAAUAACCGAUAAAUUGAAAGUAAAGCUUUUUUUAUCAGAUAGACAUAGGGGAGUCGGUGUUUUAUUGAGAAACAAAUAUCCAUAUAUACAACACGAAUACGUUUGGCAUCUUUCCAAAAGCCUCCAAAAGAAAUUGGGUAAAGCCGAAAAAAAGUCAAAAUUGUUAAGCGAGUGGAACCGGGCUAUAACCAACCAUUUAUGGUGUUCUUCAGAAACUUGCAAAGGAAACUCAGAAGUUGUUGUUGAGAAGUUUACUUCACUUUUGAAACAUAUUUGUAAUAUUCACGAAUGGACAGAUGAAAAUGGGAAGAAAAAAGGCUGUGAACACCGGCAAAUACUAGAUAAGGAAGCUCAGGAAAUAAAAUGGAUUCGCUUCGGUUCUACCGAUUAUCAAAUACUGCAAACAGAAAUUAUGAAUAAAAUGUUUUUAAAUGAUUUAAAACAUAGAAAAAAUUACUGUCACACGAGCAGCUUGGAAAGCUACCAUAAUAUUCGUCUAAAGUAUGUACCCAAAAGAGUUCAUUUUUCUUACAAUGGUAUGUACAUACGUUCAAUUCUAGCCAUACUGGAUCACAAUUUUAAUGUUGGAAGAGAGGUUGUUGGUGGGGAUGUACAGUUUCCGAAAUCGUCAAAGAGAUGGCAUUUUAAAAAUAAAUACCAAAAAAAAACUUAUUUCUGGAAAGCUGAUCUUCUACAGAAAAUACUGAACUAUGACUCCAAAACUGGGAAGUUACCCGAAGUUAUAUUUAAAGUACCCAAAAACAGUUACAAAGUCGAAAAGCCCAGUUUCAGUGCAGCUAAAGAUAAACAUGUUUCGAGGUUUACUACAAAAGGAAAAUAA